AUGAAACAACUGGCUCGUGCCUCCCCAUUGGAUUACGCUCAUUCCACACAAAAGAGUCAAAAAACAAGCCGAGAUUCUGGCAUUCGUUCGCAAUCCAUACGACUUUGCUUUGCUUCAGACACGGACUACUAUUCUUCUACCGAUUUUUGCGACACGAUACGUGUUAAAGAACUCUGCCAAACCAUGUAUCAACUUCCACACCACCGAAAGGCCAACAGCGAUAACGACGACGACGUCAUUGUGAUCAGUUCCGACGAAGAAGAAGAAGACGACAACCAUGAGAAUGCCUCCAAAAAUAAGAAUGGAUCAGCGAACAAUGUGGACAGCGUGGAUUCAUUGUUGGAUGAUUUACAAGCACUCGACAUCAAUCGCAAGACUCCGGCAACCAAGACAUUGCAAGCGAGAUUCGACUUUGAACGAAUUGAAUCACGAAAGGAGUUCCUAAAGGCGCAGAAUGAUAUCUUUGGCCCAUCAGCUGCACUUGACCUUGACGACCUUUAUGAAAAGACGGCGAUCCCUAUUCCAAAAGGUCUAGUUGCAUUGACGGAUGAAGAGGAAGCACUGGUUCGCAAGCUUUUACGACCUGGAAAUAGCGGUGUGGUUGCAAAACAUAAGAAGGCUGUGGUUGAAUACAAGGACAUUGCAAAGUUGCUUCCAGAGACCUGGCUCAAUGACGAGGUGAUCAACUUUUACUUGGGUCUUAUAGCGGAUCGGGCCGACCAAGAAGAUUCAGGCUUACCCAGCGUAUACUGCUUUUCAACUUUUUUCUGUUCAACCCUGCGUGAAAAGGGCUAUCCCAAAGUGAAACGGUGGACGAAGCGCGUUGAUAUCUUUGCCAAGGAUUUGCUCUUUAUACCCAUCAAUUAUUCUUACCAUUGGACGUUGGGUGUCGUUGACAUGAAGCAGAAGACCAUUACGGUGUAUGAUUCAUUGGGUGGUGGUCAUCGUCCUACGCUCGAGCUCUUGCUGGAUUACCUAUCACAAGAACAUCAAGAUAAAAAGGGAUCACCAUUUGACGACUCUGGCUGGACAAUGCGUACACCCAAGGAAAUCCCCCAUCAAAAGAACAUGUCAGAUUGCGGUGUGUUCACAUGCACAUAUGCUGAGCGGUUAUCACGACAACAGGAAUUCGAAUUCACCCAAGAUGAUAUGGUGCUUAUCCGAAAACGAAUGGUGCUCGGUAUCGUUAACAAGAAACUCUGUUGA